AUGAGGGACAGACUGAGCCACCUGCAGGCAAUGUCCGGCGGCCCUGUGGAGCCAGUGGAGAAUGCAGACUCCACUCUCUCCAAGUCCCUCAGCAAAGUCGACCUGGACAACAGCCCUGCCCUGGCAGAAAUCUUUUCCCAGGCAGAAGGGAUCCAUAAAGACAUCCAGCUCAUCCGGCUGGAGGUUAAAAGACUUCGUGAGCAGAGCUCCUGCAUGUUCCAUGGCACCUCCACUAUUAAAAGGGACUCUAUUGGAGCUGACAUAAAGACGCGGGCUGAGAAUGUUCUAGCACGCCUGCGUGACAUGGAUGGCAUGGCGUGCAAGCUAGAAGAAAAACAUGGUGCCAAUUCUGCUGUGACGCGUAUCGCCAGAACCCAGUACGCCUGCCUCAGUAAUGGCUUUCGCGAUGCGAUGUUUGACUACAAUGAGGCCGAGAUGAGCCACCGUGAAAGCUGUAAAGCCCAGAUCCAGAGGCAAAUGGAGAUAGUUGGGUGUGAGGUGACGGGAGAGGAGGUGGAGGAGAUGAUUGAGAAAGGUCAGUGGAACAUCUUCAGCAAUAAUGUGGUGACUGAAGGCAGAACGGCGCGUUUAGCUCUCUUCCAGGUUGAGAAACGGCACCAGGAGCUGCUGGACCUGGAGAGCCGCAUCAAGGGCAUCCAUGAGAUAUUCCUGGACAUCGCCAUGCUGGUAGAGGAGCAGGGCAACAUGCUGGACUCCAUCCAGACCAACGUUCAGAAAACCGAUGAGGGCGUGCAGGAUGCUCUCUUUAAAAUUGGCAGGGCCAAACGCCAUGACCACAACAACCCAUUCAAAAGAAUAUUUAAAAGGACAUAG